GGGUCCCCGGAGCCGCCACCACCACCGCCGCCGCCGCCGCCGCCGUCGUCGGUUUCCCUCCCCCUCCCCGAGCCCCGUCGGGAGAGCGCCCCGAGAGCACUUUUGCCCCGACUUGAGGAGUGUUUGUGGAUUUACAUGCCAAGCCUUCAAGAUGAUGUCCAUGAACAGCAAGCAGCCUUUUGCCAUGCAUCCCACCCUACCUGAGCACAAAUACCCCUCUCUACACUCCAGCUCGGAAGCAAUAAGAAGAGCAUGUCUACCAACUCCACCGCUGCAGAGCAAUAUCUUCGCCAGCCUCGAUGAGACCCUGCUGGCGCGGGCCGAGGCUCUGGCCGCCGUCGACAUCGCCGUGUCGCAGGGCAAGAGCCACCCCUUCAAGCCCGACGCCACCUACCACACCAUGAACAGCGUGCCCUGCACCUCCACCUCCACCGUGCCCCUGGCGCACCACCACCACCACCACCACCACCACCACCAGGCGCUGGAGCCCGGCGACCUCCUCGACCACAUCACCUCCCCGGCCCUGGCCCUCAUGCCCGCCGGGGGGGGCGGCGGAGCCGGCGGCGGCGGCGGCCACGGGGGGGGCGGCGGCGGCGGCGGGGCAGGCGGCGGCGGCGGGGGAGGCGGCGGCGGCGGCGGCGGCGGCGGGGGCGGCGGGGGCCUCAUCUCGUCGUCGGCCCACCCGCACCCGCACAUGCACGGCCUGGGCCACCUCUCGCACCCGGCCGCCAUGAACAUGCCGUCGGGGCUGCCGCACCCGGGGCUGGUGGCCGCGCACCACGGCGCGGCGGGGCAGGUGGCCUCGGCGGCGGCCGUGGUGGGGGCGGCCGGCUUGGCCUCCAUCUGCGACUCGGACACGGACCCGCGGGAGCUGGAGGCCUUCGCCGAGCGCUUCAAGCAGCGCCGCAUCAAGCUGGGGGUGACCCAGGCCGACGUGGGCUCGGCGCUGGCCAACCUGAAGAUCCCGGGCGUGGGCUCGCUCAGCCAGAGCACCAUCUGCCGCUUCGAGUCGCUCACCCUGUCGCACAACAACAUGAUCGCCCUCAAGCCCAUCCUGCAGGCCUGGCUGGAGGAGGCCGAGGGCGCCCAGCGGGAAAAAAUGAACAAGCCCGAGCUCUUCAACGGGGGCGAGAAGAAGCGCAAGCGGACUUCCAUCGCCGCCCCGGAGAAGCGCUCCCUGGAGGCUUACUUCGCCGUCCAGCCCCGGCCCUCCUCCGAGAAGAUCGCCGCCAUCGCCGAGAAAUUGGACCUCAAAAAGAACGUGGUGCGGGUUUGGUUUUGCAACCAGAGACAGAAGCAGAAACGGAUGAAGUUUUCCGCCACCUACUAA